ACUGGUAAACACAAAUUAUCAUUAGUGCGAUUGGAGCUUUCAUUCCGUACAAAGUAUUUAGUAAUGUCUGGAACUAAAGAAAAAAGUUCUGUUAGUCCAGAAGAACAACCUUUUGAUGAAAAGAAAGAAAUCAAAGAUAAAUUUGAAGAUAAAACUUUUUUCGAAAAAUUAUGUGCCAUAAAAUCAAAUAUUACUGUAGAGCCAAUUCUGGCAGGACUGAUUAUACCAUCUACAUUGUCUCGCCUUGCGGUUCAAAAUUUAAAUCUUGAUAAAAGUUGCCGAGUGAAGCUUAACUUUGGUGAAGAAAUUUGUGAUGCCUUACUACAGAGGAAUGGUAACUUAACUUAUUAUGAAGGUGAAGUACAGAAAGUUAUAUCGUCCAUAGAAGCAUGGAAGAGUAUCAUACAGACUGCUAUACCAACAUUAUUAGUUAUAUUUAUGGGUGCGUGGAGUGAUAGAACUGGUAAUCGGAAAUUGUGCAUACUUUUACCAAUUUUUGGGGAAUUCCUUGUGUGCAUUAGUAAUAUAAUAAGCACGUUUUUCUUCUAUCAAGUUUCCGUUGAAGUGACAAUGUUUCUCGAAGCUUUGUUUCCAGCUGUAACAGGAGGAUGGGUGAUGGUCUACUUGGGUGUGUUCAGUUAUAUGAGCGAUAUAACCAGUGAGGAAUCCAGAACAUUUAGAGUUGGACUUGCCAACUUGUGUAUGACCGCCGGUAUUCCUGUAGGCACAGCGCUCAGUGGGAUUUUGCUCAAAUUACUUGGCUAUUAUGGUAUUUUUGCGAUUACUGCAUCUAUAUAUGUGAUUACUUUAUCAUAUGGUUUAUUUUACCUUAAGAAAAAUUCAAAGCCAAGUUCCGGUGAAAAUGAAGAGAAGAAACCUGUGACAAUAUCAGAACUUGCUACAUUAAUAAAAGAAACAGUAUUAGUUGCUUUUAAGAAACGAGAUGGUAAAACAAGAAAGAAAAUUAUCAUAACGCUAUUGACAGUUGCUAUUGUUUAUGGACCUAAUCAUGGUGAAAGAAUUAUAACAUAUAUGUUUGUGAGAUAUCGCUUAAAAUGGGAUGCUGUAAAGUAUAGUCUUUAUUCAACAUACAGUAUCAUCACGCAUUCGUUAGGAGCACUAUUUUCUAUAACCGUCUUCAGUAAGCGAUGGGGCUUUCAUGACUCUUUGCUAUGUCUCAUUUCUAUCGCUAGCAAGUUAGCUGGCUCAGUGUGUAUUGCUUUCGUAAGAACUGACUUCGAAAUGUUUAUGGUGCCUUUAGUGGAGAUAUUAAACGCGUUAACUUUUACGUCACUGAGGUCUAUGAUUUCUAAAUUGGUCCUAAGCGAGGAAGUUGGAAAAACGAACUCUUUAUUCAGUUUAGUGGAGACACUCGCGGCUUUGGUCUUCGAUCCGACAUACUCCACUCUGUAUUCCAAAACGAUACCGAUAUUUGCUGGGACCGUUUACAUAUUCAGCGCUGUCAUGACUCUACCUCCGAUCUCUAUGUUGAUUUGGUUGUUUAUCCAACACCGCAGAGAUAGAAGACUUAAAAGAAUGCAAGCUACAUCUUGUGAUAUUAUGCAGAGUACGAAUAAAAAAAUAAAAACGUAAUGGAGCGCAGCAGACUUCUCUUUAGUUCGUAAUAUUUGUUACUUAAGUUGGAAUAUUU